GCCGGCGUCACUUCAUACAUCACAUUCUUCCGCCUUCUAUAUAAAUGGAUCAUUCAUCCAUCACACCAUCACCCAUCCAGCCACCAUCCACCCAGUCAUGGCCCUCGUGUUUCGUCUAUGCCUCCUUCUGAUGCUCAUCUCCCCUGCUCUGGCGGUGCUCUGCAACCCGGCCGACAAGAAAGCACUCCUCCAGCUCAAGCAUGACCUCAACGACCCUUACCUUCUUGCCUCUUGGAGCCCCGAUACCGAUUGCUGCUACUGGUACACCGUCAAGUGUGACCGCAAAACCCACCGUAUUAUUUCCCUCUCCAUUCUCAAUUCCGUACCCGACACCAACUUCUCCUCCCAAAUCCCACCUUCCAUCGCCGAUCUCCCUUACCUCCAGACCCUGAUUCUCCAUAAACUCCCCAACCUCACGGGCCCACUCCCCCCCGCCAUCUCCAAGCUCACCUCCCUCAGCUACCUCACCAUCAGCUGGACCAAUUUGUCUGGCCCAGUACCCGACUCCCUCGCUCGUCUUCAAAACCUCCAGUUCUUGGACCUCUCCUUCAACAACCUUUCCGGCCCAAUUCCCGGCUCUCUUUCUCUGCUACCCAAGCUCAUCUCUCUCAGCCUGGACCGCAACAAGCUCACCGGCCCAAUUCCGGACUCCUUUGGUUCCUUCAACUCCUCCCCUGCCCUCUUCCUGUCCCAUAACCAGCUUUCUGGCAGAAUCCCACCGUCCCUCGCCAACCAGGACCCGUCCCGUAUAGAGUUGCAGAGAAACAGACUGGAAGGCGAUGCCUACAUGCUUUUCGGGCCCAACAAGACGACCCAGAUGGUGGACUUGUCGAGGAACUUGCUGUCGUUCGAUGUCGGCAGGGUGGAAUUCCCUGCCAGCUUGAUAUCGUUGGACCUGAAUCAUAACAUGAUAUACGGGACGCUUCCCCAGGGAUUGAAGGCGGUGGAUUUUUUGCAGAUGCUCAACGUGAGUUAUAAUAGAAUGUGUGGUGAAAUUCCUCAGGGUGGGAGGCUGCAGCGGUUCGAUGUGUCUGCCUAUUUUCAUAACAAGUGCCUCUGUGGAUCUCCGCUUCCCGCCUGCAAGGGACUAGAUUAGGUCGUGCCCUUCAACGCCACCGUCUUCUAUGUAUUUCUCGCUAUUUACUAAUCAUACUGUGGAAGGACAGAAGAGGAGAUGAUCCAUGGCAGUUAACUUACUUUCCAGUUCCGAAUAAAUCUAUUUCAAACUACUACUGAUGGCAUUUGUAUCCUAGUGUAUUUUAAUGCCCAGCACAGAGAGCAUAUAAUAAAUUAUUCAGAUUACAACUUU